AUGUCCAGGCGUGCUAAGGACCUGCCGAUUGAGGUGUGGGGGCAAGUGUUUGAUCUGCUGGCGCAGGACGAAGAGCUGUACACGCUGCGGCGUUGCGCGCUUGUUUGCAGGCGAUGGGCACCGAGGUGUCUAUGGCAUCUGGCGCGGAAUGUCGUCGUCGGGAGGAAACACGGACACCGGGUGGCGAAGACGAUGGUAGCGAACCUGGCGAAAGCGAUAACCUUCAGGCAGCCGACUGGAUUCGUGGUGAGGCGACCAAACCCGUCCGUAGAGACCCUAACGAUAGGAAAUCACCCUUACGACACAAAUUUGACGGCAGGGGCAUUCCACGCGGACGUCUUUGCUCUCCUGCGGAUGGCAUUUCCGAACGUAACCCGUCUCGUCCUCUCGGGCGUCGAGUUUCCGUCGUUGAUUGUGUUUGCGCGGCUUGUGUACUCGUUUCCGCGCCUCGUUCGCCUCGUCUGCCAUGGGCUGAGAUGCCAGAGGCGCGGCUAUGUGCGGGGGCGCGCGCUGCCUCCCAAAGACCUUGCGCUGACACACCUCGAGAUCCAUGAGUCUGAGCCUGUGAUCGAUUUCCUUGUCGAAUCCUUGAUUUGUCGCACUCUCCGUCACUUGGAGUGCCGGCGUAUGCAUUUUACUGUCGUGCAACGGCUGUUAGACUGUGCGAUCACUUCUCUUCGUUCACUGGACAUCAACGUGCCGGGACCCUCCUUGCCAGAUGUGGACGCUUCCCUUCGCUUGCAGCACCCCUCCCCCUCCUCCUUGGAUCUGAGCAGUUUCGACUGCUUAGAAUCCCUCAUUCUCAUCUUCGACGUGUUUAAUCUGGGAUCAGGCACAAGCGCGAUCUGGAAUUGGCUGCAUCUUGUCCUGGCUGAGCUCGCCUCAUCCAGGCUCAAGCAGCUCACAAUAUACUUCCACAUAUACUACCGUAACUUCUCUGGUAUGGAUAGCGUAUCUGAUAUUAUCCAAGACCUGUCUCCGGGUGUCGAUGACCAUGCUUUUGCUCGUCUUGACGAGCUGCUCGCUGGUGUCGACUAUCAUCAUCUGCAAACCAUCUGUUUCAACUUAUGGUUCAACAAUCGCAUAUCGCACCAGUAUAUCCCUAGUCCACCAACCCAGCAGCUGUGGUUCCAAUUCCUCUCUUGCCGACUCCCCAAGCUUACCGCACGCGAAUCGUGUAGCGGACAGCCUCAUCUCGGCCCAUACUUCCAAGACAUGGCGCACAUUCUCUCAUUGCCUGUCGUCGAGCAGGAUAUCGUGUACUUACUAUGCACUGUCUCUCUCGGUGCUAUUCUAGUGCAUCUGGUACCUUAUAUCAUGGACCCGCGUGGUCUUCGCACGUAUCCUGGGCCGUUCUUCGCAAAGUUCACGGAUGUGUGGUUGGGCUUGACCAUCUUCUCAAACACCUGGUCUGAGACCGUCGACAGCUUACACAAGAAACACGGUGCACUCGUCCGCAUUGGGCCAAAUCACGUCUCUAUCGCGGAUCCUGCGGCGCUCCCGCUGAUCUAUGGGCACUCGAGCGGAGCGCUCAAGGCGCCGUACUAUGACGUAUUCGUCGACUUCAAGCACGCAAGUAUGUUUUCGACACGCUCGCGGGCAGAACAUGCGCGCAAGCGCCGCAUAGUGUCGCACAUGUUUGCCCCCAAGAAUGUCCGCGCGCUCGAGAGCACGACACGCGUGCAUUUUGCCAAGUUCGUGAACCAGUGGGACACCUUGUGCAAGUGCAUCGAGGGAUCGACGUCAGACGGCACAAUGGGCUCGUCGAAGUGGACCGUCAAGGACGGGAGGGUCUGGUUCAACUGCAUGAUCUGGUUCAGCUUCUGGUCAUUUGAUACUAUCAGUGAUCUUGCCUUUGGCUCUCCUUUUGGCAUGAUCCCGGCUGCGAAAGACGAGACUUGGGUCGUCAAACACUCCAAGGGCCCAGUCGAAACCUUUGAAAAGUCCGCAUUUGAGAUGGAGAAGAUUCCCGUCAUUAGCGUGCUCGCCGCCGGCAUUGAAAUAAACUCUGUGUUCGGCUUCCUCCCCUCGCGCUGGCGGCCGCUGGCGAAAUGGCAUCCACGCAUUCACGAGGGGACCGCGGCUGUGGAGAAGCUGGCGGGCCUGUCGAUCACGUCUGUGUCGAAGCGCCUGGCGAACCCCGAAGCGAGGGAGGACAUGCUGCAAAAGCUGCUCGAGGGACGCGACGAGGAUGGGAGCCCGAUGGGCCCGGACGAACUGGCCGCAGAGGCAUUGCUCCUCAUCAUCGCUGGGGCGGAUACCGUUGCCAAUACGUCAUGUGCUACGGUGUUCUACUUGGGCCGACAUCUCGACGUCCAAGCUAAGCUCCAAGCCGAACUCGACGACGCGCUCGCUUGUGUCGACUCGGAUGUUGCACCGUACGAGGCAAUUAAAGACCUGCCCUAUCUCGACGCGGUGAUCAACGAGGUACUCCGCUUGCACUCAACCGUCGGCGCUGGGCUGCCACGGGUGGUACCAGAGGGCGGGCUGAAUGUGCUCGGGCAGACGCUCAAGGAGGGGACAUGGGUCAGUGUGCCAGUGUACAAUCUGCACAGGAGCACAAAGAUCUGGGGCGAGGACGCGGGUGAAUUCGUACCGGAGAGGUGGAUCAACGUGGAGGCAGAGGCCAAGGCGGAAAUGACGCGAGCAUUUGCUCCGUUCUCUAUUGGCCCGAGGGCGUGCAUUGGGCGGAAUCUGGCGACCAUGCAGCUUCAUAUCAUGGUUGCGACGAUCUUCCACAGGUACAGCUUUUUGGUUGAAGGCGAUGGUCCUCUCUUGGUACAAGAUAGCUUUGUCAGGAAACCCAAGGAUUGCAUCGUUGGCAUCAAACGUAGGGCCCUUUAA